AUGGUGAAUAACCAGAUUGCCGCCUUAUUAGUCGCUUUGUUUGCGACACUAGUUGUCUUUUGCGGAGUAGGAGCACUAGACCCCAAUACCGUUCCUCUUGAUCAAAGAAAAACUUGGUGCACUAACCAGGUUGCAACUUGCACCAACAUAUGCCAGGAUAGUGGAAAUGGCGUUGCGUCGAAUACUUGCGAUCCUACAAACUUGAGCUAUGACUGCAGAUGCAGUAAUGGUUUAGCUCCUAAUUCUAGUGAAUACACACAGACCAUCCCAUAUUUCGAAUGCACAUACGACCAAGAUGCUUGUACCAAGGCUUGUGCUGUCGGUGACCAAGUAUGCAUCAACGGUUGUCAAAGGAACUGCACAGCUGAACAUCCUAAAGUUGCAGGACCAACAACUGCGGUAAUCUCUCCCACUUCCACUUCCACGCAGACUGCUGGUGGUGAUGGUGCACCUGCGCCGAGCAAUUACUUCAACUCUGCCAAUCGUCUCCCCCAGUCUGUCAUCAAUGGAUCUUUUGUUAUCUUUUUAACGGCGGUCAUGGUUUUCUUUGGUCGUCUGUGA